CUAUAUAAUAAGGCACAAAGAUUUUUGAAAAAUGUAUCAAAAUGUAUGUGAGAUACAUUUUGAUCUAAUGGCUUAAAUUACUUCAUCUAAAUUUUAAUGGUUAGGAUGUCUUUGAGCAUCAACGGUCCAAAAUGUAAUGGUCCAAAACUCUCCUCUCUGUCACAGACCAUCGCGAUGCCGACACCACCGACCGCCUCCUUUCCUCUCACCCUCCUCUUUCGGUUUGGUGGGUUUGGGUUUGGUUACCGACACCACCGACAGACCAUGUGGGUUGAUCUUCCAACUUAAAUGGAUUGAUCAAUCAGGUAGGUUGAUUACGUUAUAAAUAAUGGGUGUUCCGGCUGAGUCACGGUGGAGAAGUCAAGGCCGACGGGAAUUGCGAUUGACGGCGGAGAUCAUGGACGCCGGAGAUUUAUGGAAGAUCUUGGAUCUGUUCAGGAGGUCAAGUUAUUGGCUAAGAAGGAAGAUCGGGAGGGUUUGGAUUCAUCUUCUUGGAAUACAAGGGUGAAUUUAUCGGGAGGGUUCAGGAGCUUCUUCUUCUUGGAAUGCAAGGGAGGCAUCCAGGUGAAGCUAUGUGGAAUAGCUCAGUAUGGUAAUCUCAUAGGUGUUACAAUUGGAUACACAAUAACGGCAUCUAUUAGUAUGGUAUUUUGGCUUGAAAGGCUUGCGAAGAAAGCAGAAAGUUUUCAGAGCUACUUCAGAGCUUCACCAAACCUAGAUAGUAUAAGAACAGUUGAAGGGUACUCGGAUAUAAUUGUGAUGAGGCACUUUGAAAGUGGUGCUGCUCAAAGAGCAGCAGCCACUGCCAGUAUUCCUGUUAUUAAUGCAGGGGAUGGUCCAGGACAGCAUCCAACUCAA